AUGAGCCCUUUUGAAUUUUUCCAACAAACUUUCUUCACUUUUGCGGGAGAGACCUAUGAACAAAUCAAGGGAACCCCAAUGGGCUCACCGGUCUCCGGUUUGGUGGCAGAACUGGUCCUACAGGAGUUGGAAAAGAUUGCCUUCCUCCAACAUGAACCGGUGUUUUGGCGACGUUACGUUGACGACACGUUUGUCAUCGUAAAGAAGGACAUGCUGCAACAUUUUCACAGCCUGCUCAACGCAGUCUUCCCGAAUAUAAAAUUCACGAGAGAAGAAGAACAGGAGCAGCAGUUGCCCUUCCUGGAUGUGCUCGUCAGACGAAACCUUAACGGUGAACUUGAAACGACGGUUUAUAGGAAGGCAACGAACACCACACAGCUUCUCAGUUUUUACAGCAACCAUCCGGUGGCUCACAAACGAAGCUGUGUGAAGACGCUCUUCAAACGGAUCCAAACUCAUUGCAGCAAGCUGGAAGAUAGAGCGCGUGAGGCCCGUUAUCUCCGCGACCAGUUUGUGCAAAAUGGCUAUCCGAGGGCAGUAAUAAGUCGCUGCCUACGCGGUCACCACCAGAGAACUCAAACAUCAACGCCACCGACGAUAUGGCAUUCUCUGCCAUACAUCAAGGGUGUUUCAGAAGCGACCGAGCGCACUGCUGCGGAGCUAGGGGUUGGAAUUGCACACCGCCCCAAAGCCACCAUGCGCAACAGGGUCAUGAAAAUCAAAGACCGGUUAAAACCUGAAGAGCAAUCUGGAGUAGUGUAUCGCAUUCCGUGUCAAAAUUGUCCUUGUAACUACACAGGACAGACUGGACGCAUGCUCGGAUCGCGCAGACAUGAACAUAAGCUGGCUGUACGGCGAGGCGACGCACUAUCACAAGUGGCCGUCCACACCUACGAAAUGGGUCACGAGUUUGACUUCGCAGCCACCAAAAUAGUCGCCCACGCCGGAAACAAAACAGGCCGAGAAUUGAUUGAAGCCUGGGCCUCGAAUGAGAACUCGGUCAAUCGAUUUAUCGAUCUGGCGCCGGCGUACAGAGCCCCUCGUAGUCACCUCCAGUCAUGCGACAUCGGUCGAUGA